AUGAUCUCCAAAUUCUCUCUCAUUCAUCCCAUCCUACUCCUACUACUAUUUGUCGAUCCAUCUAUCCUCCAACCCGUGCCAGUACCGAACCAACCGGUCGGCUUCAACGCUUUCUGUAUGAAUUGUGUCAAUAACCUACUUGGAAUACCUACAACAACUACAGCUGUUCCUCCUACGACGGCUUGUCCUCCGGAAGAGACCACACAAAAUGCAUUUCAACGUGCUGGCUGGGAAACCGACGAUAAAGGAAAUGUGUUUUUCGGAACUGAUGACGCUAAAAUUCUACUGAUCUCUGUCGGAUCCUACUGGCCUUUUCCCAAAGAUUACCGCAAAAAAUAA